GCAACCUGGGCAAGGCCAUGGGGGCCAAGGUGAAUGAUCUCCUGCGCCGCAAGGAGCCGGGUGGCCUCCCCGUUGUGGGAGUGAUGGAGGUGAAUGCCAGCGCUGGUGCCAUUCUGGGCACGGGACAGCCAACUAGCGAGGACGGGGACCCCCCGCCCCCUGUCACCAAGAAGCGGACACCACGUGCCCUGAAGACCCCACAGGACAUGCUCAUUGCACCACAACCA